CAACUACCUUACAACUUCGUAACUUCGGCAAAAGGCCACGCUUGAUAAAUUGUUAUUUCAUCGCAUAGGUCUUUAACCGGCUACUGAGAUGGAACUCGUAGUUAAACUUCUGACCGGGGAGUCAAAGCCGUUGUCUGUUCUCCCAAACACUUCGGUCGGUCAGCUGAAGAGCCUCAUCCAACAACACGUUAUUAACGAGCCGCCAUCGAGACAAAAACUUUCGAUCAAAAACGGGCACGUCAUCAAUCUCGACAACGACUGUAAAUCUGUCAGUGAGUACGGUCUGACGUCUGGAAGUGUUGUGAUGCUCUUGAUCUUGACCAAUCCUGCGCCCGUUCAGGUGUUCCUCAGGAACGAGAAGGGGCAAACACACACGUACGACAUCUCUCCUGGUGAGACGGUAUCUCGGUUUAAACAGAAGGUCUACAACAAAGAGAGAGUUCCAGUGGACCAGCAGAGGCUGGUUUAUGGUGGCAGGCAGCUUGAGGAUGAAAGAAAACUGGAAGACUAUCACAUCGGAGCCGGAUGUACCAUCGACAUGACGCUGCGACUCAGAGGUGGACGUUGAAGCAGCUAUUCAUUUGACAACAACAAAAAACUGUUCUCAGAAACUGUUCGUCAAAUGUUCUAUUACGUGUAUAUAAUUUCUCUAUUUGUCAGUUUGUCAAUAACCUUUGCGUUAAUACCUAGAGGUGUCUGUCAGUGUACGUAACAUAAAUUAACAUAUAAAUGCCGUUGCAAGUUGUACAAUGGCUGUUAUACUUCAUUCUUUACAAGACCUUGUUUGCAUAACGCUGUUAUGACAAUGUUGUUCAAGAAACUCAAAUGUGAUUAUUUUGAAUUAUUGCAAGUAAUUAUGUGUAUACUAU